CCCUUUGCAAUCUGUAUAAAGACUGUGCUUCCAAGAUUGACUGCAGAAACUGACCUGCCCCUCUGGAGACUCAGGCUUUCCCAGCACAGUGAGGUCACAAUGACUCUGGAGAAGUCCCUUGUCUUGUUCUCUCUGCUCAUCCUGGUGCUCCUAGGGCUGGGGUGGGUGCAGCCUUCCCUGGGCAAAGAAUCCUCGGCUAUGAAGUUCCAGCGGCAGCACAUGGACUCCAGCGGUUCCCCCAGCACCAAUGCUAACUACUGCAAUGAAAUGAUGAAGGGCCGGAAUAUGACACAGGGAUACUGCAAGCCAGUGAACACCUUCGUGCAUGAGCCCCUGGCAGAUGUCCAGGCUGUCUGCUUCCAGAAAAAUGUGCCCUGCAAGAACGGGCAGUCCAACUGCUACCAGAGCAACUCCAACAUGCACAUCACUGACUGCCGCCUGACAAGCAACUCCAAGUACCCCAACUGCUCAUACCGCACCAGCCGGGAGAACAAGGGCAUCAUCGUGGCCUGUGAGGGGAACCCGUAUGUGCCGGUGCACUUUGAUGCUUCUGUGUAGUCUUCUACCUAAGCCAGAGCAGUGAGAUGUCCAUCUUGCCACUUUAAUUCAACACCUGCCCUUCCCCUCUUCUCUCCUUGCCCCAAAGGAAAUAACUGCAGUUAGGGCUCCUGUCCAACACACACAUGCUUCCUUCUCCUGAGUCCUGCUCCUGCAUGGCUUUGGGGCUGAAGAGUGGGUGGUAAUGAGGGCCCCAUAUUAACUCCUCCACUGCUUCUUUCAAUAAAACAUAGUUGCAGUCACUGGAUUCCUGCCUGGGUACUGUUUCUGAGGUUGCUUUUCAGCAAGGAGUGAGAGAUGUAAGUCUGACUCUUUCUGGUGAACAGCAAAUGGAAAAUUUAAAAGCCUCCCCGCUUCAGACUCUGGGGUGUGAGUG